AGAAGGUUGUCCUUUCUGUCAUGUACAGUGAUGUCAGUGGCUAUGUCUUUAACUUCUUUUUUGUAGAGAAUCAGCAAUUUUGCAAAAAUCAUUGUAAUUUGAUCUGAAAAUAUUUUAAAGAUAUAAGCACGGAGGGGGGAAAGCACACGUGUAACAUAAUUGAUUAAAAAUGGAGGUCUUGAUGCAUCACUGUCAUCGCAAGCUUCCAACCCUCCUGUCCAGAACUCUCUUCAAAUCAUUAAAGAAAAGCCACAUCAACUGUGCCACCCACACUUCUCCCCCAGUCUCUGCCCCUUCAAAACCAUUCAUCCCAACACCGCUUGUGUCUCGUCUCUUCCUGCCUUCCAACCUCCGGGAAGGUCAGGAGGCAGGAGAGUUGACCUGCCGCAGCCAGAGACUGAUGCUGCAGACAGGGCUUAUCCAUCCCUCCAACCCUGGCUGCUUCUACUAUCUACCUGUUGCUCUGAGGUCCAUGGAGAAGCUGGUUCAGCUCAUUGAUGAGGAGAUGCAUGCCGUCGGUGGGCAGAAAGUUGACAUGCCAGCACUGUGCAGUGCAGAACUGUGGAAGAAGAGUGGCCGCUGGGAGCUCAUGGGCAAAGAGAUGUUCAGGCUACAGGAUCGGCAUAAUGUAGAAUACUGCCUUGGUCCGACGCAUGAAGAAGCAGUCACAGAGCUUUUUGCUUCCCAGAGCAUGAUAUCUUACAAGAAGCUGCCACUUCUGCUGUACCAGGUAACACGUAAGUUCCGUGAUGAACAGAAGCCAAAGUUUGGGCUGCUGCGAGGCCGGGAAUUCUACAUGAAAGACAUGUACUCAUUUGACAUUAGUGAAGAGGCAGCCCUUCGUACAUACCAGUCUGUGUGUCAGGCCUAUGGACGCUUGUUUGACAGACUGGGCUUGAAGUGGGUGCAGGUACAGGCUGCCACUGGCAACAUAGGCGGCACACUUUCCCAUGAGUUUCAGCUACCAGCAGACAUCGGCGAAGACCGAUUACUUGUUUGUGGGAACUGUGGCUUCUCUGCCAAUAUUGAAACCAUGGAGCCAGGGCAGACUGACUGUUCACAAUGCCAUAUAGGCACACUGACUGAAUCCAAAGGAAUUGAAGUGGGACACACUUUUUACCUUGGUACAAAAUACUCACAAAUGUUCAAGGCCCUGUUUGUCAAUGCUUUGAAUGAGCCUACAAUGGCAGAGAUGGGCUGUUUUGGACUGGGAGUCACUAGAAUCCUUGCCGCCUCUAUUGAAGUGCUGUCAUCUGAGGAUGCUAUUCGCUGGCCUGGGUUGCUCGCUCCUUAUCAGGUUUGUGUCCUGCCCCCGAAAAAGGGCAGCAAGGCACAUGAAGCUACAAGACUGGCUGAGGAACUGGCUCAAAGCUUGGGGAAUAGUCUACCCAACCUGAGAGGAGAGGUGGUCCUGGAUGACAGGACUCAGUUGACCAUUGGUAAACGAAUGAAGGAUGCUAAAAAUCUAGGCUAUCCAUAUGUGGUGGUGGUAGGGCAGAAAGCUCUUGAGGAUCUCCCCACAUUUGAGGUGCUUUGUCAGCAGAGUGGAGAGACUCUGUUCCUUAGUAAAGAGGGACUGCUGGAACUUUUAAGUAUGGUUGAAACUAUCUAGUAAUGUUUU